GCCAAGUUUUACAGAUUUCUGCAGGAGACGAUGGGUCUGAGCUUGGAAAUGGUGUUGUUUGUUCAUUUUCUUGUUCUUUUGGGGAUUGGUAUCAAUGGAGUCGAUGGUUCGAUUUCUUCUUCUACUUUGAGGAAGAUCGAUAGGAUAAACAUGGGAGGUCCAUACUUGGCCAUAAUAGUGCCAAAUACCUUUGAGAUGAAUCCUCUAUUGCAAUCUAGCAGCUUUGUGCCUGAUCAUAAGCUUCCUUACCUUGAUUUUUCAGGAAGAAGGUUCCGAAUUGGGCGCUUGAGAAAUGAAAAGGUUAUUGUUGUUAUGACAGGGUUGAGCAUGCUAAAUGCAGGGAUAGCUACACAAUUGAUGCUGAGUUUAUUCAAGGUCAAAGGAGUAUUGCACUAUGGAAUAGCAGGAAAUGCAAAUCCUCAGCUACAGAUUGGGGAUGUAACCAUCCCUCAGUUUUGGGCUCAUACUGGCCUUUGGAAUUGGCAGAGGUAUGGAGAUGGGCCAGAAGACGAGCUAGCAUUAGAAUCAAAUGGAGACUACACCAGAGAAAUUGGUUACCUCAGGUUCUCCGAUUACAACAACAGCACACAGUGCAACAUUUCUUCAGAGAAUCUGCUCAACAAUGUUUGGUUUCAACCCGAAGAGAUUUUCCCAGUGGAUGGAGUUCCUGAACAAAGGCACCACGCUUUCUGGGUUCCCGUCAACGACCACUACUUCGCCGUCGCAGAAAGAGUCCAGGGUCUGAGACUCGGCGGAUGCGUGAACGGGACCUGCUUGCCGAGAGCACCGAUGGUGGUGAGAGUAGAAAGAGGGAUAAGCUCCAACACGUUUGUGGACAACAGAGCUUAUCGUGAGCUGUUGAAUUCCAAGUUCAAUGCAACAGCGAUCGACAUGGAGACGGCUGCAGUUGCCCUUGUCUGUCACCAACAAAACAUGCCUUUCAUUGCAUUCAGAUCCUUGUCUGAUUUAGCCGGCGGGGGUUCUGCCUUGUCCAAUGAGGCCUCUUUGUUCACCGCUUUGGCAUCUCAAAAUGCAGUUGAUGUUCUCAUUAGCUUCACUUCCUUGUUAUCUUCAUAAGCACAUCACGCAAAUGACAGAUUGAUGGUUGAUUGUGUUGCUUUGUUAAUUGUCACCGCAAUAAUGUAAAUCCCAGUUUCAAUACCAA